GUGAGCCCAGCGGGCAGCGAGCAGCCACCAUGUUCAGCUGGCUGAAGCGGAGCGGGGCGCGGGGCCAGCAGCCCGAGGCCAUCCGCACAGUGACCUCGUCCCUCAAGGAUCUGUACCGCACCAAGCUGCUGCCCCUGGAGGAACACUACCGAUUCGGCUCCUUCCACUCGCCCGCCCUGGAGGAUGCCGACUUCGACGGCAAGCCCAUGGUGCUGGUGGCCGGCCAGUACAGCACGGGCAAGACCAGCUUCAUCCAGUACCUGCUGGAGCAGGAGGUGCCCGGCUCCCGCGUGGGGCCCGAGCCCACCACCGAUUGCUUCGUGGCCGUCAUGCACGGCGAGACCGAGGGCACCGUUCCCGGCAACGCCCUGGUCGUGGACCCCGAGAAGCCCUUCCGCAAACUCAACCCCUUUGGGAACACCUUCCUCAACAGGUUCAUGUGCGCCCAGCUCCCUAAUCAGGUCCUGGAGAGCAUUAGUAUCAUCGACACCCCGGGCAUCCUGUCAGGCGCCAAACAGAGAGUGAGCCGAGGGUAUGACUUCCCAGCGGUGCUGCGCUGGUUCGCCGAGCGCGUGGACCUCAUCAUCCUCCUCUUCGAUGCCCACAAGCUGGAGAUCUCGGACGAGUUCUCGGAGGCCAUUGGCGCCCUGCGCGGCCACGAGGACAAGAUCCGCGUGGUGCUCAACAAGGCCGACAUGGUGGAGACGCAGCAGCUGAUGCGCGUGUACGGGGCGCUCAUGUGGGCGCUGGGCAAGGUGGUGGGCACGCCCGAGGUGCUGCGCGUCUACAUCGGCUCCUUCUGGUCCCAGCCGCUCCUCGUGCCCGACAACCGGCGCCUCUUCGAGCUGGAGGAGCAAGACCUCUUCCGAGACAUCCAGGGCCUGCCGCGCCACGCCGCGCUGCGCAAACUCAACGACCUGGUCAAGAGGGCGCGGCUGGUGCGGGUUCACGCAUACAUCAUCAGCUAUCUGAAGAAGGAGAUGCCCUCCGUGUUUGGGAAGGAGAACAAGAAGAAGCAGCUCAUCCUCAAGUUGCCCGUCAUCUUUGCAAAGAUCCAGCUGGAGCAUCAUAUAUCUCCAGGCGACUUCCCUGACUGCCAGAAGAUGCAGGAUCUGCUGAUGGUGCACGAUUUCACCAAGUUCCACUCGCUGAAGCCCAAGCUGCUGGAGGCGCUGGACGAGAUGCUGACGCACGACAUCGCCAAGCUCAUGCCUCUGCUGCGCCAGGAGGAGCUGGAGAGCACGGAGGCUGGCGUGCAGGGCGGCGCCUUCGAGGGCACGCACAUGGGCCCCUUCGUGGAGCGCGGGCCCGACGAGGCCCUGGAGGACGGCGAGGAGGGCUCGGACGACGAGGCCGAGUGGGUGGUGACCAAGGACAAGUCCAAGUACGACGAGAUCUUUUACAACCUGGCGCCCGCCGACGGCAAGUUGAGCGGCUCCAAGGCCAAGACCUGGAUGGUGGGCACCAAGUUGCCCAACUCGGUGCUGGGCCGCAUCUGGAAGCUGAGCGACGUGGACCGCGACGGCAUGCUGGACGACGAGGAGUUCGCCCUGGCCAGCCACCUCAUCGAGGCCAAGCUCGAGGGCCACGGGCUGCCCACCAACCUGCCCCGCCGCCUCGUGCCGCCCUCCAAGAGGCGCCAGAAGGGCUCGGCCGAGUGAGCUGCUCUCCCUCCAGCCCUGCUGUGGCUCCCCAGUUCCAGUCAAGCUGCACGCUCGCCUGCCUCUUCCCUGCCCCACACUGCCCCAUCCCUGCCUACCCUGCCCAGUUGUGAAGACCAAGGGGUCUCCCUUUAUCCUCCACUCCCACACCCCGGAGUCAAAGCUUCUAGUGGGGCCCCGGGGAGAGGCAAGACCCCGUUGCCCGCCCGCCUGUCCUUUGUAUCUCUAUACUUACACACACACACAAACACACACACAUCUAUUCUGCCUUCAUCCAAGUAUUUAUUGAGCACCUACUCUGUGCUUUGGGCCCUGUUGUUAAGUGCUAGGGAUCAAAGAACAAAAAUAAACUAACAUGCCUGCCAGGUGGAGCUGUCACUCUCAGCAGAGGGUACCAUCACAGCCAUACGCACGUGCACACACAC